AUGAACAGGAGACUUGAAGAAGGCAGGAUCAGCGAAAACUCGGAGAAGACCAGGCAACAGGAAGAUCAGCAAAAAGAAGACGAUUGGAACAAGCUUGCGUUUAGGCAGACGGCGGCUCAUAACGAUUCAGGAUUAAUGAAUGAGGAGUUAGAAGAAUGUAGUUCUCAUACUCAUUGCCCUGCUCCCUCUUGUGGUGGGGAGGACACUCCUAACUCAGCUGGCUUUUCUGACGCCGACCCGACAACUCUCUUAGUUUGGGCUAAGCAAGAGCGGGACAAUAUGCUGCACAGGCGCGAUGCCGUUGAGGCUGAACUCAGAUGUGCGCAGACUGAAAUGUCUCGGCUGCGUGAACAAAUCGAGAUAUCUGUGCAAGCUACUGGCCAGCCCAGGCCCAUAUUCCCAUCCCCAAUUCGAACGGACCCCACCGUUUUAAACACGAGCUCACCAUUUCUUGCGAAUUGGCAGGUCUACAUGCUCAGCCCGCACUCUCCUUUAACUCCAUUGUUUAACUUGCUUUGCCUCUGUGGAUUGCUUGUAGAAAGUUCCAACAUUCAGCUCUUCAAGAGCCAGGAGGCUUUUCCCGUGCGGCGGUUUAACUCUUAUCUAGCCAGUUUUUCCGACCAGCCCUCCCUAGCGUUAAGCACUCAUAUUCCGCUCCUAAUUUGUGUCACUUCUCCUAACGCUGCUUCUUCAUAUAUCGCAUCUGCAUCGUGGCAAAGUCAGUUGGACUUCUGCUUAUAA